UUUACACAACUUUUCUAAACAUUCAAGUCAUUUUUUGACGGUCCGAAAUCGAUUUUGACACUUGACCGAUAAGACCAAGACACGCACUCUUUGGCGCUGUGAUGAAGUCCUGCUGUCGGGUUUUCCCGUAUGUAACUAAAUGCAGCCUGUCGACUCUUUCGCGUUAUACAGUGGCACAUCAGGUAUCGGUGGAUUUCAAUGUCCUAUGAGAAAAGCAGUUUUCAUCCAAGGUGAUAAUUCACAUGAAUGGGAACUCUACAUCUAUUCACAAGCCUGUUCGAGGGGACCAGCUGAAGGAUGGAGGCAAGACCUUUUCUUAUGACUUCUCAUACGAUUCAACUGACGAAGGAAGACCCACAUUCAUAUCACAGGAAAGGAUUUUUCACGACUUGGGGUCUGAUGUCCUGAAAGCCGCGUUUGAGGGUUUCAAUACCUGUCUGUUUGCCUACGGCCAAACUGGCUCAGGAAAAUCAUACACCAUGAUGGGUCAUACAGAUGAUAAAGGUUUAAUUCCACGGAUCUGUGAAGGCUUGUUCUGCGAGAUCUCUCGUAGAGGGAAGAGCGAGGCUGUGUCCUUCCGCACAGAGGUCAGCUAUUUGGAGAUCUAUAAUGAACGUGUGCAGGACCUUCUCAAGAAGAAAACCACACCCACAGAUGGAGGCUUGAGAGUGAGAGAGCACCCCCGGGAUGGGCCUUAUGUAGAGGAUCUGUCCAAGCUCUUGGUACACAACCACAGUGACAUGGAGGACCUGAUCAUUCUCGGCAAUGCCAACCGCACCACAGCCAGCACAGCCAUGAAUGACAUCAGCAGCCGCUCCCACGCCAUCUUCACCAUCAGCUUCACCCGGGCAUGGUUUGAUGCAGAGUUGCCACGCGAGACUCUGAGUAAGAUUCACCUGGUGGACCUGGCAGGCAGCGAGAGAGCGGAUGCCACGCUCUCCACGGGCACCAGGCUGAAGGAAGGCGCCAAUAUCAACAAAUCCCUGGUCAGCCUGGGCACUGUGAUCUCAGCUCUGGCUGAUCUUAGUGUGGGAGGACAGUCAACAAAAAAGAAGAAGCAGACCUUCAUUCCUUACAGAGACUCUGUGCUGACAUGGCUACUGAAGGACAGCCUGGGUGGAAACUCUUUGACUACUAUGAUAGCAACCAUCUCUCCUGCUGACGUGAACUACGGGGAGACCCUGAGCACGUUGCGCUACGCCAGCCGAGCGAAAAACAUUGUGAACUCUCCCACGGUGAACGAAGACAGCAGCGUGAAGGUGAUCAGAGAGCUGCAGGCAGAGGUUACCAGGCUCCGACAGCUGUUAGAGGAAGCCAAUCAGGUUUCCCGUGGGGAGCCAUCUUCCUCUGUGAAGGUAGAGGAGGAGCUGCAUCAGAAUCAGACACGGGUCCUAGCACUGACCAAGGAGUGGACCAGCAAAUGGGGCGAGACUCAGAGUAUUUUGCAGGAGGAGACUGUGGCUCUGAGGAAGGAGGGUAGUGGAGUGGUCCUGGGCUGCCAGUUACCGCAUCUGAUAGGCAUUGAUGAAGACCUGCUCAGCACUGGAAUAGUCCUGUAUUAUUUGAAAGAGGGCAGAACCCUGAUUGGGAGUGACGAAGCAUCAUGCAGUCAGGAUAUUGUACUUCAUGGGCCUGGGCUCCUCAGUGAACAUUGUGUGCUUGAGAACCGUGCUGGGACCGUCACUCUGAUCCCUCAGGAUGGAGCACUGUGUUCAGUCAAUGGUUCCUUGGUAACUGAUCCCUGCCAGCUGACUCAGGGGGCCAUCACACAGCUCGGAAAAGGAACCAUAUUCCGGUUUAACCACCCGACUGAGGCUGCCCAGCUCGGACACAAACGCCAGAGGGGGCCACAGUCUGACUUCAGCCUGCCCUUGACUGACAUGUCCAGGUCUACUGAGAAUCUGUCCAAGGUGAUGCUGCAAAACCAAGGGAGGACGGGAGAGAAGCUCCAUCAGCAGGAGGUGGGACGGCAGCAAGUUCAAGAAAGCAUGAACAAACGCAACCGGGACAUCAAAAGACUUUCAAAGGAAAUCAGUGGGGCUCCCCAUCAACAGAGAGCAGGAGAGAAGACAACGGUGGCAGAGAUUGAAGAGACUGGCGAUGGCCAGAAUAUGAAUAUGCUGGCUGCAGAGACGGAUGAAGUGCCAAGCAGCUGUCUUACCUCUGCAACAAUAGAGAAGCACAGGACUACAGCCAUGCCUGGAAAAUAUCCUGUCUCUCACACUAGAUUUGAGUUGGAUGGAGACCCACUACAAGGCGGGAUAAGCACCAGGGAUGGCCAGGAGCAGGAGAGGGACUGGUGUCAUAAAUCAGGACCAGGGCUCCUGUCUGAGUCGCCGUGGAGGAAAGCUCAGAGUGGGGCAGGAGUUGCAAGUUAUAACGCAGAGGUGGUUUCGUCAGGGAAUGCCAGCCUCCAGCAGACAAAUGUCCUGGGCCCGGGUGAUGGAUGUGGCACAAAGCCAGAGGGAAAUGCUAACAAGAUCAAAGGCGUCGUGGCUGACUGCUACAAGGAGAGACCUGGCUCUGGUGGGAGCUCAUUAGGCAUCAUGUCUCACCUGCAGAGCAGCGGGGGCACUGGCUCCCCGUUUGUCCUCCCGCAGACCAGCACUCAUUCUCAGCUCGACAUAAAGCCUCUCAGCAGUUGGGCAGCCUGCUGUCCCCCUGAGGAAACUACCUUCAAGGGCCAGUUUGGUUGUGGAGAGAUGGAUGAAUCUGGAGGUUUGGAGGAGAUCCCGGGAGUGUGUGUAACAGAGACUGCAGCAGUCACAGGUCAACAACCAGGGCUGGGUUCUUUGGUCAGCAGAGUUUCUUUGAUUUUCCAAGAUGCAGGUCGUCUCCUUUGGAGCUCUCCCACAGUAUUGCAGCAAGUCAAGAAAGAGGGACUGCAGCCUGUUGGAGCCCGCUGGUCCAGCCAUGUUGUCUCUGUGGUCAGGGAAAGUAAUGUUCUGUCUGUAGUGAAGGACAGUCAGGUCUUCUCCAUUGUUAAAGGGAGCUUUGUCUUCUCUCUCUUUAAGGAUAGUUACAUUUUUUCCGUUGUGAAAGAUCUAUACAUACAGCACGUCCAGAUGGAGAUAACUCAAAACAUUCAGCCUAAAGAGGAAGCUCAGAUGAUUCAGGGCUGCGUUAAUCCUACGAGAACUCCAGUCCCAGUCCUGACACCAACACAAAUCUAUAGCAGGGCAGAAGACUUGCCAGAUGACGUGCCACUAAUGUCAGAAGAAAGCUGGACAAGGAAUAAGAGAAUCGGUGAUCUGCGGGUACCACAAGAGCAGGACAUGGCUGAUAUUCAUAGUCAAGGAGACAAACUAUUUCCAGAGCUGUCGCCAGAAAAACACAGUGAGCCAGAGGUUACCCAAGCACCUGAAGACAAAGAUCAGGUAUUGGAAAAUUUGAGGACUGUGCAAAACAGAAUCGAUGUCCAAAUCUUUUAUCAAACGUUAAUAGACUUUCCUGAUUCCCUUUUGUACCUGCACACUUUACCAUUUCUUGACAUGAUGGAUACUUUACAGUCCAUCAUCUCCACUUCAGUGUUCACAUACCAGAAGAUUGUAGCUCUUUUUUGGGUGAAUGUUGCUAAAUGCAGCCAUCCUGAGCCCUGUCCUGGCCUCCUAAUCCUGGCGGAGGCUGGCCUCUACACCCUGACCGCUGACUUUGGGCUCCUGGUUUUGUUCCAUCACCUCCCCUUGUUGCAGCUGAAAGAGGUGCAUAUAGGCUUAGCAGGCCACAGUCUGCGUAUGAUGGGCGCUACAGAGGAGAGCAUCCUAGGUGUCUACACCCACAGCCAGCAACUUACCAAAGAGCUGUGCUCGGCCAUACUUGCGGUUAUCUGCCCCGGGGACAAAAGGGUGUCUCAGCACCCACUGCUCCAUGGAGACUUGAAGAAGCUGUCUUUCGACUGGCAGGCCUGUGUACCUGACCUGCUGCUGGAUGCUGGUUUACGGAUUUGCUGCCAAUUUCAGAAGAGUCUUGCUGGUCUGGUUUAUCUUCUUCAGAGCAACAUGGAUCAAGAAACCGUAACUCUGGGAGAGGUGCAGAUACUACUAUACACAGGUGUUGGGGUGUGCAUCAGCCCCAGUACCCACUCUGAGCCUCUGGCCCAGCUUUUACUCACUGAUACCCACCUUGGCCUGGUGCAGGACGAGGCUGUCUUUCACCCAACUCCACGCUCUGUCACCAUUGUGCCCCGCUGUCCCCAAUUCCAUGACUUAACUCUCCGUCAGCGCUCGGAUGUGCGCUGCGUGCUGGUGCAUGAUGAAGACGAGCGUGGGGCUGUCAGUGUGGAUGUAAUCCUAGCAAAUGUGAGGGGCAGGGGUCACCCUGAAAGCGUGACUAAGGCAGCUACCCCGCCUACACAAGCUUCAAAUUCAUCUCGGCAUGCAGAAGUGUGGAAAUUAACUUUCAGUUGCUCCUCUGAGGCCGCCUUCCUGAUUAAUCACUUGUCAAAUGUCUGAUCAAGGACUGAAGAUCCAGUAAUGAACAGCCCAGCUUGAAAACUCUCACUCACAGGGAGCAAAGGUGCAUCCCAACCAGACUAUGCGGAGGACAGCUUCACUGGAAAAUGACAGUGAAAUUCAUGACCUAUUUUCAAGUUUCUUUAAUGAUUCCUUUUUUUUCUAGAAUGUUCCUUUUUUUUGUCAUUUAAAUAAUGCAUGGCUUUAACACUUUUAUCUUCAAAACCCUUGGCUUUCUUUGUUCUUGUAUUGUUUUGUUCUAACCAUAAGCCCUGCUUUAUUACAAAGAGGUUGUCAGUUUAAUUUGGGAUGUUUGAAAUAAUUAGUUGAAAGUCUGACAUUGAGUAUUAAAAACAUGUUUGUACCAGUUUCAUUUGUUUCAUAGGCAAUACGAUAUUUUUAAAGGAUUUUAGAUGACCUAUCUGAGAUCAUGUCAUAGUUGCUAUGUUGUGUGUGUCUCUAUCUAUAUUUUUUAUUUAUAUAUUACUGUAUUUCAUGUUAUUACCAAUUUCCAAUA